UUCCCAACCCACCCAAAUUGCUGCGCACCCCCGUCGCCCUCACCGUCGCUGCUUCGAUCAUGAGCGUCGCCGCGGAGUCACCGUCGCCGUCCCUGUCUUCCCUCAGCGACGAGGACGAUUUCGCUGACUUCCUGGACGCGGAGCUCGAGCUCAUCUCUGCUGCUGACUCCGCCUCCCGUGGCGCCCCCCCGGGGUCACCCAGCGACGACGAAGAUGAGGAGGAGGAGGACGUGGUGGUCGACCUAGACGCCGUAGGGAAGGGAAGUAACAAAAGACGUAGAGUGGAGGAACAUCGCCAAGAUCAAGGAACAGCAACAAGGCCUGAAGAAGAUGUCAUUGCAGGCUCAGUUAAAGAUGCUCAAAUCAAGAAAUGUCCUCCACACCCUGGAUUUUUUGGUGGACUUUGCAUUAACUGCGGGAAAAGCCAAGACGAAGAAGAUGUUCCAGGAGUCGCUUUUGGUUACAUCCACAAGGGUUUGAGGCUAGGUACUUCAGAAAUGGACAGGCUACGUGAAUCUGAAGUGAAGAAUCUGUUGCGUGAAAGAAAACUGGUACUUAUUUUAGAUUUGGAUCAUACACUGAUUAACUCAACCAGACUCCAUGAUAUUUCUGCUGCUGAGAUGGACCUAGGAAUUCAAACUGCUGCAUCAAAAAAUGCAGAUGAUCCAGAGAGAAGCUUGUUCACAUUACAAGGAAUGCAUAUGCUUACAAAGUUGAGACCCUUUGUCCGUAAAUUUUUGGAAGAAGCGAGCAAUAUGUUUGAUAUGUAUAUCUACACCAUGGGUGACAAGGCAUAUGCAAUUGAAAUAGCAAAACUUCUUGACCCUGGCAAUGUCUAUUUUGACUCAAAAGUGAUUUCUAACUCUGACUGCACUCAGCGGCACCAGAAAGGUCUUGAUGUGGUUCUCGGAGAUGACAAGGUUGCAGUGAUUAUUGAUGACACCGAGCAUGUCUGGCAGAAGCAUAAAGAAAACCUUAUUCUGAUGGAGAGAUAUCAUUAUUUUGCUGCGAGCUGUCGCCAGUUUGGUUUCAGCGACCAAUCUUUGUCAGAGUUGAUGCAAGAUGAAAGGGAGAGCGAUGGGGCUCUGGCUACAAUUUUGGAUGUCCUGAAGCGCAUACACACGAUUUUCUUCGACUCGGGCGUUGAAACUGCUCUUUCUUCGCGAGACGUGCGGCAGGUAAUCAAGAGGGUGCGGCAGGAGGUACUGCAGGGCUGCAAGCUGGUCUUCAGUCGAGUGUUCCCGUCGGAUUGCCGCUCACAGGAUCAGAUAAUGUGGAAGAUGGCCGAGCAGCUGGGCGCCGUCUGCUGCUCGGAGGUGGAUCCCAGUGUUACCCAUGUGGUCGCCGUGCAUGCCGGAACGGAGAAGGCCCGCUGGGCUGCCGGCAACAAGAAGUUUUUGCUCCACCCGCGCUGGAUUGAGGCCUGCAACUAUCGCUGGCACCGGCAGCCGGAGGAAGAUUUCCCUGUGCCUGGACUGAAGGAGGACAAGGGCAAGGAAAAGGUUGCAGAAGAUGUCACCUGUCACUGAGUAUAUAACUGACUCAUGUAGGUAGAGCACCCGCAGUUGAUUAACUGAGCCCCUAAAAGGGCCGAUUAACUGACAGCAGGUCUUGAUUGACUAUAAGUUCGUAACCGUGUUGCUCACAUAUACGGUAGGUCUGUAGCUACGCAACUAUACAUAUCUUAGAUUUUUACUUAAUCUCGCGGAAUAGGAAGUGAAGCACUUUAGGAUCUGAUUAUCCUGAUGCUUAUGGUACGUGUGCUGCUGCCUGCUGGUCUGAAUAUCGUAUCAGCCAUAUCAAUGGAUGACAGUUCAACGAGUGACUCUGUUCUGCAGCUUUAUGAAGGCAUGUACUUCUCCUCUUCUUUUUACUCUGCAUAUUAUAAUUGAAGUCAAUCUUGGUGAAGUUUAAUCA